UAAAAAGUUAUUGCUGAAUAUUCAAACUUCUGAACCAGUUGAUGACUUCUUGGGUAAUAUAUAGGAUUAUAGGAUAUUUGUCACUCAACGAUCGAUUUUCCUGAAGGGCGUUCGAGAGCCUAAUUCAACAACCACUUUUUGGUACAUUUCUAGAUUUCGACACACCCCAGGCACGGCAUCAACACUACCUUCAACUCACCACGCAGUGACCAGGGCGUGCUUAGAGCUUGAUCACCAUCAAAUGCUUAUGGAUCUAAUCGCUGACCCAAUUAACUACGGCAUUUUUCCAGACGCUUUCGCAGCCAAUAUGGUGCUAGACAAGUUUAUAGAGACAGGAAACUUUGAAGACGCUGCAAAACUGUCGUCCUUCAUGAUGCUGCAGGAAGAAUUUUCCAACAAACUCCUCUGCUGGAUGACCACAUAUAGCUGUUUGAAGUGGCUGAAGAGUCCUGAAGCCAAAUCGCAGUCUUCGAUUGUGGAUAAACCACAGAUGACGCAGGAGGAAGAUGACGAGGAGCGAGUAAGUGAGUAUGUAAAUGAGUAUGUGUAUAUGCGUGUAUUUAUUUUUGCUAUACAGAAAGAUGUUUCCUUCUGCUUUCAGCACCAGCAUAUAUACAGGGUACAACAGCAGAGCAGUUAUUGCGCAAUACUUCUAUAUGGCAAAACACGACACCUUGAUUGA